CUCCCUCCCCACCCGUGCGUACACUUGUGUUUGGGAGAGUUCUAGAGUUCAUCCCCUUUUUUUCAUUUUUUUUUUUUUCUUCCUUAAAUCGGGCAAAAAAUGUAGCCGGCUGUAAUGGCUGGUGCCGUAAAGCGAGCCGCAGGCGGCGCGACAGCCGGGAAGGUCCCCUCCGCGCGGGUGGUUCGCGGGCCGACCCCGAGGAAAGAUGGCGGCCGGGGAGGUGAAGUCGGUCCUCUUCGUGUGCCUGGGAAACAUUUGUCGGUCUCCAAUAGCUGAAGCAGUUUUUAGAAAACUUGUAACUGAUGAAAACGUUGAAAAUAAGUGGAUGACAGACAGUGCUGCUGUUUCAGACUGGAACGUGGGGCGCUCCCCAGAUGCAAGGGCUUUAAGCUGUCUAAGAAAUCAUGGCAUUGAGACAGCACAUAAAGCACGACAGGUUACUAAAGAUGAUUUCCAGACCUUUGACUAUAUACUUUGUAUGGAUGAGAGCAAUCUAAGAGAUCUGAAGAGGAAAGGCAACCAAGUUAAAGACUGCAAGGCCAAAAUUGAACUACUUGGAACUUAUGAUCCACAGAAACAACUUAUUAUUGAAGAUCCAUACUAUGGAAACGAAAAGGACUUUGAAACUGUUUACGAGCAAUGUGUUAGAUGCUGUAAAGCAUUUUUGGAGAAGUCUCAUUAGUACUUCACCAUCGUAUUUCUAAAGGAAAAUAAAUAGUUGUUCCUGAAUUAUGUAAGGUUUACUUGAUUGAUGUAUUUAAAUUGUAAAAUUAUGCCUCAGUUGGUUCAAAACCUUUUCACGUUAAUUUUAUAUUUUAGCUUUUCUGUCAUCUAGCUAGAAAAUAUAGAAAAGGUUUAAUUGGAUUAGAUGAUCAACCAUUUUAUCACACAUCAAUGUAAUAAUUAAGUAUAUUACUCAAAAUAAAUUUAUCUGUAAACUCUUCCAGUGCUUUCUCACAAGCACUGCAAAAGUAAAGUCUUACUUCUUCAUGUGCUGUACUAGCUAAACUGAGGUCUCCUCAUUGUGCCCUUAGUUAAUUUAAAUCACCUUUCAAUGGGAGUCUGCGAGAUAAUAGUUCUUGUAUGAUAACUUAGGUGUGUCAUCCUAGUAUCGUUAGACAGACUUUGGCCUGAAGCUGUUUCAUAUUGAGCCUGCUAGAUGAAAAGAACCGCCCUCCGGCAGACAUUGCUCUUAGCGCUAUUUCAAAGCUUAGGCAAGCAAAACCUCUGGGUUUUUUUAUUAGUUUAAAUGCUCAGUAAUUCAAAGAAGAAGUAAUUUUUGUUCUGGUACGUUCCUAUCAGCUGUUGGACAAUAUUUGCAGUUUUACUCAGGAGAAUGGAUAGCCUGUCAAAAGUGUUCUCUGAAAGUACAGUUCAACCUGAAGACAGUCCAUCUGUAAUGUAAUAUAAAGUUAACAGAAGGCCAGUAAGUAGAAGAUUCUGCUCUUGGACAAAAAUUGAAUGCUUUUUAAAAAUACAUGCCUGUCUGUCUGAACAUCACCUUUCAUUUCUGCCAUAGAAACAUAAAUGUACUGAGAUCAGUAAUAUAACUGGUACCAUGAUAAUUUUCCUAUUUUGAAUAAUAUCAACGUUGGCAUCAUCACUUUAUCUCUAAAACUGGAUCUGUAAAACUUCCUUUCUUACUAUUUAUCCUUGGUUUUGCCUCUGUCUGCCUUCCAGACUACUAGAGUAGCCUCUGUAUUUGUCACCCACUCUGCCUUCUGGGAGAGGGAUGCAUUUCGAUAGAGAAUCCUAGGGGGGGAAGAAUCCUGGUGCCACUCUGUGUGUGCUGCAGCCUGCACAAAGGGGAUUAAGUUUCCUGGGACUCUUGCUGUAGAACAGAUGUGUUUGUGUUAGUGAAGUUUCCAUGUUGUGCUAAAACUUCAAUCAGACAGAAAACUUAAGAACCUGCUUACAAAAAGGCAAGUGGUAGAUGGAACAGUUAAUAGGUGUUUCACAUCGGGGACAAAGAGUAAUAGAUACAAUAUUUCAGGUCAGAUCAAGCGCUGACUCAAUAAAUUUUUUUUCUCCAUUUCUUUCAUGAAUGCUUUGACAAAAUAAAUGAGGGAAAAUGAUGAGCAGUUAGGGACAAACCAUCUUAAAUGUGGUUUUAUGCACAGACCUCAGAAGUGGAAGUAUUUAGGCAUAAUCUGCCAGAAUGAACAUUGAAAAUAUUUCAGUGAAAAUAAAGUAACUCUGAAGAUUGAGAACAUGAUGGUUUGUGCUUUCCCAUUCAUGGCCGAAUAGGAAUUGAACCUACAGCUUCCUACAUAUGAAAGUUAGGAUUUACAAGUCUUAAAUCUUUAUCUUUGAGAUGCUUGGGUAACAGAAAGGAGAUAAAAGGGUAUGGUUGUUUACCUUUACUAGACUUAGGAGUCUUCCUGUAUAGUGAUACUAAAUCAAAACUGUUUGUGUUAAAUUGCGUUGAGAUUUUAAAAGUUUCAGCCUUGAGGUAUAUUUUCAGCAAGUAAUCUAUUGGCUAAAUCAUUCACUGUCUCUACCAGAAGGAAAAAGCUGAUUGAUUGAUUUAUUUUAUCCGUAGUGGGUUUCUUUUGGAGGAGGGGAAGGAGAGCAGCAUUGUAUUUUAAAAGAAUUUGUAGAAUACAGAAUAGGAAUUGCCUUCAGGGAGGACAGUUGCACAGUACCAUUAUUUGGGUUCCAAGAAAAACAGUAAAUAUAGGAUUAAUACACAAAUCAUGUUUCAUACAUAUGACUAAGCUCUUACAGGUUUAAAAUACCACUCAUGAAAAAUGUACUCUUCAAUGAAAAAAUACAGAACUGACUCCUUCUCCCUCUCCCCCACCACAGCUUGUUUUAGUUUAUGGUAGUAAGCUUAUACCUAAGACCUACAUUAAAAAAAUCUGCUAUAGUAUAGUUGUAUCUUCUGUCAAAGCAUGCUGACUUCUGCUAAAUCUAGAGAAAACUUCCAUGGGAUUAAUUUAUUUAUAUUCAAUUAUUAAGUCAUUAAAUAAAUUACUGUUUUACAGGGAAAUUUUCUAGAAAGUUUUUAUUUAACCAGAUUUCAGGUGUCCUACUACAAAAAGAAAGAUUUAUACUAGUUUAAGCUCCCAUGUCAAGUAAUAUGCUGUGAUCUGAUUUCAGUCAGUGGAACCAUAGAGAAGCACAGAGUUCCACCCACAUUUACUGCAAAGGAGCAGCUAAGUGAAUCCUAUAGUAGUAGAUUCCUUCAACUACCAUUUUUUUGGUAUGCAUGUAUUACUUCCAUUGAGAAAUGAAACUUUAGCACUUGGUGAUCACUGAAAGCAAAUGUAAAAUAUGUAAUUCUCCCUUACUAAAUACAGCCAUGUUCUAGGAUGGGAUUUUGUACUUAUGCCAUUUUUUUUUCUAAAGAGCUAGAUCCUGAAGGCUCUUAAGUGUGAAUUUCAAGAAUCCCAGCUCCUAGCUAUUUCUCAGGGUGGGGAGGAUUGUGUUUCAUUUUGGUUUUACAUUUUGUGGUUUGAAUUGAGGAUAAAAUGGAAGCUAAAUGCCAGUAUUAAGACGAAAGUACCUGAGGUUCAUCUACAGAUACCGCAUAGAAAAUUUUCUUCCUGUUUGAGCCAUUUUAUUAUGACAACUAGAUUUAGUAUCUGAUUUAAGGAAGAAAGAGAAAUGUGUAUCAGAGCUUCUUGAGUAAGUGUUCACUGACUCCUUAAAAAUUUAACAAUACUAAAAUGAUUUAUUGGACAUUUACUGAUUAUAUUGCUUUGCGCUAUCAUAAAUAGAUUGCAGAUUUUGUUUUGACAAACAAACAAAACCCAAGCAAACAAAAAACCCAAAACAACUGUUUGUCAUAAAAAAGAUUGAUUUAUAAUGCUGUGGAGAAUUGGGGCAGCCCUGUGGUCAUGGGCAUUUUGUGGGAUUGGAACACACAGAUCUGUCCAUCCUCACAAAUCCAUAGAGAGGGUCCAAAUUACUGGACUACUCGGAGGUGGACAUACCUUUCUUUCCAGUGAAUGUUACUGGAAAGAGGUUUAAGUGUGGAUAAAUGAUAGUAGCUACCAGACAAUAGCUUGUUUAUAUGUAUUCAGUGAACAGAAAGGAAACUGAGAAAAACUUAAUACCAAACACUUUAUUACGCUUAUUAUUUACAGUAUUUACAUAUUGCACGUUCGCUGGAAUGUUUUAUACAUUUAUUAUAUAAAGUAAAUUAAUGGCAGCUUGUGUUAGUGUACAAAAUCCAUGCUCCACUGUCCCAAAAAAUAUGUCUACUUGGAAUUAUGUUCCCAUUUGUCAUGCAAUUUGUACUCCUAGGGUACAAUGUGACCCCAGUGCAAGUCUGUUUUAACCAGACUUUUAAAAAAAUUGCAUGAACAUGAAGGAUAUCAAGUGACCACAACUACUGUGGAGCAGAUCUUUAGUAGUUCUAGAUAUACAAACAAACAUUCCUUAAAAUUGUAGAAUUAAGCAAUAGAACAUCAAUUUUCUUGGUGAAAUAUUUGUGUUAACAUAAUUUUUGGCAGCAUUACACGUCAGUUGUAAAGUGUGUUUUUUAAGUACGGAGCAUUAAGUACUACUGGCAGUUAUACUACUGUAAAGAAUGUCAAUCUGUUGACAACAUACAAAACACAUGUUAAAAGAAUUAUGGGAAGUAGUCUGUCAAUCUGCAAAAAUAAAUCUCUUGUUCACAAUGGAAUAUGUUAUAAAGGUAGUAAGUUCUAUUUCCCUGUUGGUUUCCAAGGCACUUCUCUUGGUUCUUGGUGUUUCUUUUCAUGGUAAUAACAUCUGGUGGAUUAAAAGAAAGAAGAAAAUUGCCUUUCAUCAUUUUUAUACUCACAUGUGUUUAAGAAUGUAUUUAUAAUAUUGAAAAUGGUAAAUAAAACGGGAGGAUUCAGUAAUAAUUUUAGAAAGCUCCAAUGGUGCAUUUCGAAUUUAGCUCAGUUUAGUUCCUAUCAGCCUGACUGAUAAAUUACUGUUUUAUUUGUUAAUCAAGGCUGAAAUUUUGGAAAAGAGUGCCUUUUUGUGCUGGUUCAUUUUAGGUAGACAGAUUUGGAAAAUACAGUUCUACCUAUUUAAAACGUGCUUAAAGGUGUGUUUAUCCUGUUUCUGAGUGCAGCUGUGAAGUCAAAAAGUUAAUAAACCUCAGGAUAGUAUUAACAGAU